AUGGGUCUGUCGAACUACAUCUGGCCCCGGAUCAAACGUGCCGGAGUUGUCAAUAUCAUAGGAUGGGUUUGUGUCCUUGUGUUGGUAGCCAAAUAUGGUCACUGGACUCAGACACAGUCAGAGACACUGGUCCCUCAUAGUGCUGGACGCUUCGACUCGGACCACAAUGCCGCUUCUACAAUUGUCGUUGGCGGGUUCGACAAUAUCUUGGCACAGAAAUCACAUUCCUCCUGCCAGGAAGCUCUCGUGAAAGGGUAA